UUUGAUUCCUAAAUAUGAUUCGAUUUAAUACUAGAGCACUAUUAAAUGUUCGAUCUGUAUACACUGGAGCUAAUGGAUCUGGGCCACAUGGAGUCGAUGGGAGACUCCCCUUAAAUUCCAUCGGGUCAAAGGAUGAUUUCUCGCCUACAAUUACUGAUCCGUUUGUAUUAUAUCAGAAUUAUGUAGCACAAGGAAUUCUUACAAAGGACGAAUAUCAGCUUCGAGUCAUGAAAGAAUUUCAAAAGCUCUACUUUAGAUUGAUAGACUACAGGCCUCCAAGCGAUUUGAGUAUCAAGGUUAGCAUAAUAUUACGAAAAUUAGAAAUAAGACGAGCAGAAGAACUUGCACAUAAAAAUAAGAGUCUUGUCACUAAACUUAGUUUGAUAAGUAAUUUAUUUCGAUCGGAUCCAGAUCUGGAGAAGAAAGAAUUGAUACGUAUACUUUCAGACGAAGAUGAAGCAUAUCUUAUAUCAUCGCCCCAGGGUUUGCUUUUGAAUGGAGAAGUUGGAUGUGGGAAAUCAAUGUUGAUGGAUAUGUUUGCUCAGGCAUUGCCCCAUGAAUCGAAAAUGAGAUGGCACUAUAAUAAUUUCAUUCUAUGGGUAUAUAAUCAAAUGUACCAAAUUCAACAAGAACGCCGGUUUACUUCCAUAGUUUAUAAUGGGAUGAAAUCGAGACAUUUGACAAUUGAAAAUGAGUUCGUUCUCUUUGAAGUUGCGCAAAAAAUGAUCCAAAAAAGUACAGUUCUUAUGUUGGAUGAAUUUAUGCUCCCGGAUGUUGCCUCAGCAAACGUAGUCAAAGUAUUAUUAACUUAUUAUUUUAAAUUGGGGGGAGUUUUAGUUGCAACAUCUAAUAAACUUCCACAAGAUCUCUAUUCCAAUGAAUUUAAUAGGAAGUCAUUCACAGGAUUUGUUGGAAUAUUGGGGACAAGAUGCAACAUCGUAGAUAUGAGAAGUGAUAUAGAUUACCGAACUCUCAUGAAUGAUAGUAAUGAAAAUAGAGAGGCAAACAUUAUUGUGAAAUCAAAUAAUUCGAAUCAUGGAAAAGAAUGGGCUAAUUUAAUCAAAAAUGCAUUAGAGGAGAAAAAUGGUUUGCCUGAUCAGUAUAAUAGCUUCUCAUUGAAAGUAUAUGGUCGAACGACCAUAAUUCCGAAAAGUUAUUGCAAUGACACUAUAUGUCUCCUUGAUUUUCUGUACAUAUGUCAAGGAUUAUAUUCGUCUUCUGACUACAUAACUUUGGCGUCACAGUACAAGGUUAUUAUAUUGGACAAUGUACCUAUUAUGACCAUGAAAAUGAAGAAUGAAGCUCGAAGAUUUAUUACAUUACUUGAUGCGAUUUAUGAAUCUAAAUGUCAAUUCUAUAUUCGUACCGAGGUACCUGUCGAUGAAUUGUUUUUCCCCGAUUCCACUGAGGACAGUGUUGCAUCAACCGAAUCUACGUUACAAGUACAAGCAGAAGAAAUGUUUGCCAAAACAGUAAUGGAUAUGGAAAGCCCAUAUAGGCCAAAUGCUAUAGAAUAUACACGAGAAUUUGACGAGUCCUCAUCAGCUACUCCGAAGAUUCGUAAUUUUCUGAAUACGACUGCUUUCACAGGAGAAGACGAAAAAUUUGCCUACAAGAGAGCAGUACUGAGAAUUAAAGAAAUGACUGGUAGUAAACAGUGGAAGUCUAAUACUUGGGUACCUAUAGACUCAACAAUGAGACCAUGGGAGGAUGCGCAAAAUAAAUAUUUCUCGACACAAGGUGGUAUAGAGAACGAGGAUAUCACUAAUAAAGAUGAAGCCCCUCGGUUUGGACAACAUCACUUCUGGGCUCUAGGUCCAUGGACUAUUUUGAAUGGGAAAAGGCUACAAGAUCAAAUAGCAAAAAGAUGGAUAAGGUCGGGAAUAAAAAGUGAAGUUGAGAUGAAUAGAGCAAUGCAAUCUAGGAAUAGAGACGAAUGAUUGGAUGGAUCUUGAAAUAUUUAAAAUGGGUUAGUGGUUACUAUCCAAAGGAAGUACUAGGGGAUAUAAAUAGAA